AUCAAUUCAGCUUCUGUUUCCUCCUAUAAGACAAGAGCGUAAAGUCGCACAAAAGCCCUGUGCAUCCAAAAAGUAAUUUGCCACAGUUAUUCCAUUUUGACGGUGCUGCAGUUGCGCUUCUCGAGUUAUGUCCCAGCAUUGGGACUGUUAUCAUCAUCUAACACUAGAAUGCAUCCCUUAUUUUGUCAGAUCGAACAAAUGGAGUAGUUAAGUAAAGAAAUUUCGUGGCAAAUUAAAAGGUACUACCUUAUGCCACAUGAAAAAGGCUAUUCGUCUAUCAAUACUGCUUCUGCUGCCUCUUCAUUAAAGACAAGAGCAAGAGCGAGCAUACCGUAGUCUAAUUAAAGUCUGCAUCGAGAAAAAGGUAUUUUGCCGCAGCUAUUACGUGCUGAUAUCAGCGCUGCUGGGCUGCGGUUGCUGCGCUUCUCCAGUUAUGUCCUUCUAACACACACAUUAAGAGCAUCCCUCCCUAAUAUUGUCAGAUUGGAAAAAUGGAGCCAUUCAUACUCGUCCUUCGCUGCAGACUGGCAACGCUAUGAAAAAGGUUAUUCGCCGCCCGCAGCUAUCAAUGCUGCUUCUGCUACUCCACGAUGCUGCCGUAUUCUUUAAAGGCGGUUUUAUCUGCGCUAUGCAUCUUUAAAAGCUCUGCAAAUUAAGCCUCAAGAGAACACGAACCUUUUGGCUUCAAAUCCACACCGGCGAAGCUGCAGCAAACAAUGGCGUCGAGAAGACGAAAUUGGGCGGGCCUUCCGACGGAUCUCCUCAGUAAGAUCUUUCAGUGUUUUAAUUUUUUCCAUCGUGCACCUUUUGCUGCUGUAUGUCGUACAUGGCGCACAGCCAAAGGCCUGGAUAGUAGUCGUCUCCUGCCAAAUCCAUGGCUAAUGUUAGAUAUGAGCAACUCCACCAAACGCUGCCUGGUUGCCCUUUCGUCUACCGAUUCCGAUCCUGAUCCUACUGCUAUACUUCCCCUUCGUGAUAUCAGUGGUCUCAUUGCUAUCGGAUCCUCUCCCGAUGGCUGGCUUGUUUUUAUUGAUCAUCAAAAUGAGAUUCUCGUCCUGAAUCCCCUGAAUAAGGUCAGGAUUCAGUUUCCCUCUCUCGGUACUCAUCCUGGAACAUUCUCUGAUGAUAUUAGACGAGCACUUUCUGAACCAAGAAGACAAAUACAGUUCCGGCCUAAGUUUCCCAAACCUCAAGACAUAAAUUCUUUCAGUUUGUUCAAAGUGGUUCUAUCACCCUCGUCAUCAGCUGAGUCCUCUAUUGCUGCCGUUAUCUAUCAAGAUUUUGGUUUAUUAAUGAUUUCGCUGUCUAACGGAUGGGCCCCCUUAGAAUUUGGCAUUUUCAUUAGAGAUGUUAUCUUUUAUAAUGGAUUUCUGUACGCGGUGGAUAUAGACUGGACAAUAAAGUUUUGGGACAUAAAUCGACAGCCUCCAGUACUCUUAGAAGCAAUCAAGCCCAAGUACCAGGACCCUGUGGAAGAGGUGCACCCACGGUUGUUUUUAGUCGAUUGUGCAGGAGAACUGAUGGUGGUGUGGAGGAGGAAUUGGAGUGACCAAGAACGCCCUCAACUAUUUAAAAUCUUUAAAUUAGAGAUGGAAGAAAAUUUUAAGCCCCUUCCCAAAGGAAGGAGAGGAAGAUAUGCUCGCUGGAUACAAAUUCAUCAGUUGGGGGAUUAUAGUCUAUUUCUAGGAGUGAAUGAAUCACGAGCUCUGUCAUGUCAAGAGUUUCCAAAUCUGAAGAAGAACUCUAUAUAUUUUACUAAUGAUCCACAAGAUGUGAUGGACAGAGAGCUUAGAAUUGACGUGGGAGUCUACGAUAUAGAGGAGGAGGAAGAGGCCACUGUCAUCCCUGCAACGCUACAGGAUGAUGACUUCGAAGAAGACUUCAAAUGGCCUGUUUGGUUCUUCCCCUCUUACCCAUGAGUCUAUCCGUUCAAAAAAAAGUUCUUCGCAAGGAGUCUCUCAAGAUAGAAAGAAUACGAGAAGAAAAAGAGGGAUGAGAUACUUGGUGCAGAGCAAUUAUGCCAUCCUAAUUUAGUUUAGUUAGCUGUUCGUCAUCCUAAUUUAGUUUAGUUUAGUUUAAUUUAGUUAGUUGUUUGUCUUCCUAAUUUAGUUUAGUUAGUCGUUGAUUUCCUUGCUUAAAAGACAGUUUUAGUUAUCUCUGAAUUGCUAUUUGGGUGUCGUCGUCAAACAGAGUUCACUUUCUGUGUUUGCUAGCUUGUUUUCUUCUUAUGCAUUUCCUUUCUCAAGCGAAACCGGAAAGAAUGAAUCAAUUCUGUGUCUAAUUGAUAUCAGCUGGAUUGUGUUUUAAG